AUGGCGGGAAGUAAUGAGCUGAACGUCAGCGAGUCUAAGAGAGUUGUCCCUCUCAACACAUGGAUCCUCAUAUCCAACUUCAAGCUAGCCUACAACAUGCUCCGCCGGCCAGACGGCACUUUCAACCGUGACCUCAACGAAUUUCUCGACCGUAAAGUCCCUUCAAACGCCAAUCCCGUCGAUGGCAUCUACUCCUUCGACGUCAUCCUCGACCGCACCACCAAUCUCCUCAACCGCGUCUACAUGCCCUCCUCCGGCCAACCCCGCCACGUCAGCAUCCUUGAGCCGGACGCCCCUCUCAGCUCCUCCGAGGUCAUCCCCGUCGUAAUAUUCUUCCAUGGGGGAAGUUUCGUCCACUCGUCGGCCAACAGCGCCAUCUACGACACCUUCUGCCGGCGCCUAGCCUCCACCCUCGGGGCAGCGGUUGUAUCGGUCGACUACCGCCGCUCGCCGGAGCACCGGUACCCUUGCGCGUAUGACGACGGGUGGGCCUCCCUCAUGUGGGCCCAAUCCAGGUCGUGGCUCAAAAGCGGGGAAGAAGGUAACCACAAGGUUCAUGUCUAUCUGGCGGGGGACAGCUCGGGCGGAAAUAUUGCUCACCAUGUGGCGGUUCGUGCUGCGAACGAGAACGUGGAGGUGCUCGGAAGCAUCCUUCUGCACCCGCUGUUCGGAGGGCAAGAAAGGACAGAAUCGGAAAAGAGGCUGGACGGGAAGUACUUCGUGAGGAUUCAGGACCGUGAUUGGUACUGGCGUGCGUAUUUGCCGGAAGGGGAGGAUAGGGAUCACCCAGCCUGCAAUGUGUUUGGGCCGAGGGGUCGGGCCUUAGACGGGCUGAAUUUCCCCAAGAGUCUCGUGGUGGUGGCUGGGUUGGAUUUAUUGCAGGAUUGGCAGCUGAGGUAUGUGGAGGGGUUGAGGAAGUAUGGGCAUGAAGUGAAACUGCUUUAUCUGGAGAAGGCAAGCAUCGGGUUUUAUUUCCUGCCGAACAACGAUCAUUUUCCGGCGCUGAUGGACGAGAUGAAAAGUCUCUGGUGGUUGGUAUGA